AUGGGAAUUGAUAUUUUUGUUUUUCCACAGAAACAGAUACUGGAUCCACAAGUUGGAUACCCUUUGUGUCUAAGUACUGUGAUGAGAAUUGAUGCUUCUGUUUUUUCCACUUUAACAGAUACUGGAAGCACAACCCCUGUAGCAGCAAGUCGUCAACAAACCCCAGAGACACAUACUACAAGAGCUUCUCCUAUCAUCACGCAGGAGUCCAUUACUAUAUCUUUUCCAUCCACCACCCAAAAGCUCAUUACAACUGUUACACUUUUAUGCCAGCCAACCUACAUGUGUGCAGUCAUUCAAGAAGCUUAUAUCAGGUCCAAAGGCUAUUCUGCAUUGUCGCUUCACUUGAAUGACCAAAAUUGUAAACCAAUCUUGACAGCUUACACUGCAGUAUUCUGCGUACGAUAUGGUACCUGUGGGACAAGAAAAGAGCUACAUAAUGGAAUUAUCAGGUAUUCCAACACAGUCACAGCAUCCACUUUUGGAAGUGAUUUCACCAAGAAAAAGAAUAACCUGCUGCAACUCAACUGCAAAGUGGACCAGAGAACAGAUGUCCCUAUUACACAGCCUGCACCUGAAAUAGCUCAGCACGAACAGUUCGUUGUAAAGUUUUCUUUUUAUGCCUCACCAUCUUUGUUACACCCAAUGAAUUCUCCGCCCUUCUACGUCAAACCAAAUCAGGAUUUAUUAGUUCAAGCCACUAUCUACAGCUCUGAUCCAAACCUGAUAUUAUUUGCAGACACUUGUGUGGUAUAUCCUAAUCUCCGUGACUUUUCAACAGUGGAAUAUGAUUUAAUCAGUAGAGGGUGUACAAGAGACUCCACCUACUCUAAUUCCUACUCAUCAGACCGAAGGAGCAUGCGGUUCAAAUUUAAACCUUUCAGGAUGCCAAACAGAUAUUCUACACUUUACCUGCGUUGCAAAAUGGUGGUGUGCAAGAAAUAUGAUUAUUCUUCUCGAUGCUACCAGGGCUGUCUUCCUAAAAACAACAGAAAUAAGGGUUAUGGAGUGGAGAAAGUGAUAGUUUCUGGGCCAAUUAAGCUCCGCAGAAGGAAUCCCUUCCAUUAAUUAAUAUGUUGCAUAAAUGGCUUUUGUUAUUGGAAAGAUCAGUUCAUUGUGUAUCUGCCAACUAAUGAGUCCUAAAACUACAUUUUUAAUAAAUAUUAGAAUAUUUGCUAUGUGAUUGUUUAUAUCUAAAUAUUUUCCUAACUGUCAUUGCUGUUCUCUAAUUUUAAACCUGUCUAGAAUUCCAAAUCUGGCUAUAACAUAAUCAUCUUGGUUAUAAAAGUAUAAUUAGACUGGCUGAUUUGAUUUUUCUGAUCCAUAUUUUGUCACAUUCUUGUGCCUAUUCAACUUCUCUUCCUUUUUUUUUACACAAUACUGUCAUCAAAUAGGUUGAGCACUGUAAAAACA